UUCCUUGGAAAGCGGGGUGUUGUCAUCGCGGGGUGCGGGUAUGUCCUGAGGCUCAGGGGGUGUUUAGGGACCCGGUGUGUUUGAGCGACAGUGCGGGCAUUUUAACAGAUUGUGCCCUGAUUUCUAGCUCUUUGGCAAAAUCGGCAGUGUGACGGCAACUUGCUUGCGGCAUUUGCGAUUAUAUUUGAUCUGCGUCGCAUUAGCCGACAACAAUGGCAUCCGGGACAGCUUUACAGAAGGCUAUAGACUUGGUUACCAAAGCCACAGAAGAGGACAGAAACAAAAAUUUUGAGGAAGCCCGUAGGCUGUAUGAGCAUGGUGUAGAAUAUUUUUUGCACUCACUGAAAUAUGAGGCUCAGUCAGAGAAAGGCAAAGAAAGCAUUCGGGCCAAAUGCAUCCAGUACAUUGAGAGGGCCGAAAAGUUGAAGGAAUAUCUGAAAAAGAAGGAGGGAAAGUCAGAGAAGAAGCCUGUUAAAGAUGGUGGCAAAAAGGAGGAUUCUGACUCUGACUCAGAUGAAGACCCAGACAAGAAGAAGAUGCUUUCAAAGCUGGAAGGGGCUAUUGUGAUGGAGAAAAACUUGAAUGUGAAGUGGGCAGAUGUUGCUGGACUGGAUGCAGCCAAGGAGUCUCUGAAGGAAGCUGUCAUCAUGCCCAUCAAGUUCCCUCACCUAUUCACCGGCAAGCGCAAGCCCUGGAAGGGUAUCCUCCUGUUUGGCCCACCAGGCACUGGCAAGUCGUACCUAGCAAAGGCUGUGGCCACAGAAGCAUCCAACUCAACAUUUUUCUCUGUCUCAUCCUCAGAUCUUGUUUCAAAGUGGCUGGGUGAGUCUGAAAAGCUGGUCCGCAACCUGUUUGAGCUGGCCAGAGAGCACAAGCCAUCCAUCAUAUUCAUAGAUGAGAUUGAUUCACUGUGCUCAUCUAGGUCAGACAAUGAGUCCGAGUCAGCCAGGAGAAUCAAGACUGAGUUCCUGGUCCAGAUGCAGGGAGUUGGAAAUGACACAGAUGGCAUCCUUGUGCUGGGAGCCACCAACAUCCCUUGGGUUCUGGAUGCAGCCAUCCGCAGACGUUUUGAGAAGCGGAUAUACAUCCCGCUGCCCGAGGAGCCUGCCAGAUCCACGAUCUUCAAGAUCCAUCUGGGAAACACUCCUCAUCAACUGACUGAACAGGACUUCAGAAUCCUUGGAGGCAAGACCGAAGGCUUCUCCGGCGCCGACAUCAGCAUUGUGGUGCGUGAUGCCCUGAUGCAGCCAGUGCGCAAGGUGCAGACUGCCACUCACUUCAAACGGGUGCGGGGUCCGUCCCGAUCUGACCCGAACGUCUUUCUGGACGACCUGCUGACGCCCUGCUCUCCUGGCGAUCCCGGAGCCAUGGAGAUGUCCUGGAUGGAUGUCGACGGUGAGAAACUGCUGGAGCCUGUCGUCAGCAUGAACGACAUGCUGAAGUCAAUCGCCACCUCCAAGCCCACGGUGAAUGACGAAGACCUGAAGAAGGUUGAGAAGUUCUGCGAAGACUUCGGAAUGGAGGGUUGAACCCGGUCCUGGCGGGCUGUGGCCGCCUCAAUCACCACUUGUCUGGAGGGUCGUAAGUUUAUUUCACUGGGGCCUGUGUAACAACUGUCUCACUAGUGGCACUUGUAUUUCGGCGACUUUGCAUUCUGCGGCAAUUAGAAUGCAUGUUGACGUUUUUGUCCUUCUGUCUCCUGAAAAAUACGUCCAACUGAAACUCAAGUGAAAGGAGUAUAUUCAAUUUGUGUUGCCGCAGGCUGGAAAGAUGCAAAGACUUACUGAUCUGAAUGCUGUUGUUGUAAAUACCUAUCCGUUUUCAUUAGUGUCUGUGAAGCAUGUCGAAACAUUUGGUUUUCAGACUUGCGAUCGGGGGCAGCGCCACGAUGCCGCUAUCCUCGAAAAAUGAAUGAUAGUAUAGCCGUUUCCACGGUACAGAUUGAUUGCAUUUGGUAUAGGCCUUAUGCAUGCAUACAUAGUGGGGUUUAAGCCAGCUUAGUCUGUUAAGCAAUGCUGGGCUGGUCCUGGAAUCAAUUUCUGGGAAGUUGUGCUUGUGCCGUGUGUCUAACCGUUAUUGCAUCAGAAUCACUGCGAUGUAGUUUUGCUGUCCUGCUUUGAACACGGCAAUGGUUCUGAGAAUGUGCCUGACCUAGCUGCUGAGGGAUGGAUCCAAAUAAAUUAAAGACUUAUCUCUGAA